AUGUACGGAGGCGAGUUUGACGGCAACGCUGCUUUCGCCGGCGGCGGUUUCAUGCCUUCACAGGCAACUACGCAAGCGCCUGACUUCGCAUCGUCCUCCAAGGUUUGGCCUCUCUUCGCCAUCGAGGAAUUUGAUAAAUCAUUUCCGCGUUUCUGUGCUAUUGAAAAUCUAUCUAUCGCGAUUCAGAUUCUACCUAAGUUCUCUCUUACUUUCGCGCUUUUUGUUUGUAUUAUGCAUCCGAUUCUCUCGAUUUCAAGUCGUUUCUAG